UGUCAACAAUUGUGACAGGAACGUCUUGUCUUGUGAUUGUGAGGGACCUUGAAGUUAUGAGAGUAUUGAAAACGUUGUUUGCAGUUUGCUGCACUUCUGUGACAUCAUGACUGUAUGGACAAGAUCAAAUUUCCAUUGGCAUGGACCAAUGGUAGUUGUUGUGGUUGUGUUAUGGCUCUGCGUAGCAUACGUCCUUUGGCAGUGUUCCGCUGGUGAAUCUCACUCUCGUAUUUACACACAUGGUCUAUUCAAAAGUCACCUGAAGCUCACUUCAGUAUCAGAGCCUGACAAACAGACAGUGAGUAAAGUGGUUGAGAGCAAUAUAAAAAGAGUUUGCUACUAUGCCCUACCUCAUGUGAACACUACUGUUGCCACCUUGAUCCCAAGAGACAUACCACCAGACUUGUGUACACACAUCAUAAUUAUAGGGGCAGAGAUACAUGAUAAUAAGAUUGUUCCUGUUGAAGAAAAUGAUUUGAAGGUAUUUGCUGAAGUAGUGGCACUAAAAGAAAUAAAUCCCAGCCUGCAAGUCAUGCUGUGUUUAGGAGGAGACUUCUCAGAGCUGGUGAGAGAUCCUACCUCUGUGGCCGUGUUUGCCUACAAUGCACAACAGUUUUUGAUAAAUCAUGAUUUAGAUGGCAUUGACCUAGACUGGGAGUUCCCUGCCUGGCCAGCAUGGAAGAAGAAUGUCUUAGAAAAGAAAUGGUUCACAUACUUCGUUCUUCAGCUCAAUAAUGCUCUCAAGUUAGCUGCUCAUCCAUCUUUCCUCCUGAGCAUAGCUGUAGGUGCUCCAAAACCCAUAGUAGAUCAUUGCUAUGAGGUCGACCAACUGGCCAAAUAUGUAGAUUUUGUGUCCAUUAUGGGCUAUGACUACCACAUGUAUAAGACUUACUUACCCUUCACUGGUCACAACGCUCCCCUGGCAGAGCGGCAUGAUGAGAUUGGAUACUUCUCCACACUGAAUAUUGAGUGGGCAACCCAAUAUUGGUUGCAAAAAGGAAUGCCUAAAGAAAAGUUGAUGGUUGGUAUACCUACUUAUGGACGCACAUGGAGGCUGCUGAGCAGCGCAUGGCAUAAUGUUGGAGCUCCAGCAGUUGGGACUGGAAUGUUGGGAGGAUCUCUCACUUACACAGAAGCAUGCAUCUUUGUGAAAGAGGGAGCAACAUCAUAUUUUGAUGGGGAGAGUAAAGUGCCCUAUGCUGCCAGAGGAACUGAUUGGGUUUCAUAUGAAAAUCCUGCAAGCAUCAAAGCCAAGGCUGAAUGGAUAAAGACUUCUGGUGUGGCUGGGGUGAUGACCUUUGACCUUAACUCAGAUGAUUAUGCUGGCCUGUGCUCAGGGAAGAAAUUUGAACUGCACUACAUAAUUAAGGAUAUAUUGUCAGACAUUCCACACAAAUAAGCUUUCAGAAAAAUACAUGAAAGAUUAUAUCAUCUCAAGCAUCUUGUAUGAUACCAUAUGGGAGGAAUUUCUGAAGCCAUGUCCAGGUGAGAGGACAUGAUAGGCAUGCAUGCCAGAAAAGUGAUGUCAGAAACAGGCAAAACUAACAGAUAAACAACGGAUUCCACUGUCUGCUGUUGACAUCACUCUUUGGUCAUGCUUGCUCAUCAAGACUUGGCUUUAAAUUUACACAAAUUGGUCUCUUAUAUGGAUUUAUUUAUCAUAUGAAAUGUCAAUGGGUAUGAUCUUUUAUAUGCUUAAGGAUGUUAUAAGUAUAAAUAUUUUUGGUUGAUUAUUCUUUUAUGAUUACACUGAUGUAAUUAUAUUUAGGUGAAUUAUAUUAAUUUACGAUAUUGUCACAAACUUGUAGCCUCUUUCAGACUAGCAUGUCUAAGCUUAGUUCUAAUUACUUGUGUAACAAUUCUAAAUGGAUAAUAAUACUUUUUUGGCUUGUAUCCUUUCACAGAAAAUGAAGUGCACACUUCCCGUUAAGAGAGUUGCUCUGAUAAUGUUAAUGUAAUAUAUUUACUUUAAUCUUUGAACAUCCAAGACUUGAUAAUAUCACCAGUGUGCCUUUUUCUUUAGGCAUGUAGAGUUGAAAGAGUUAAAUUACUGGUAUUUUGAAAGUGGUUAAAUAAUCUUAUAUGUUGUAUUACCAUAGUAAUAGUAGUUACUUAUGAAACAUUCCAAAUGUAUGUGAACAUUAACUGUGAUAAAUUCUAGUUCAUACUGAUGCCAGUGCAUAGUUACCUUAGAUUAUUAUCUUUAUAUAUAAAGUAGUUCGAUCAAAUCCUCAAACCUUUAUAAUUAUUUUAGUAAGCAUAGAAAAAGCAUUAUAUUUCUCUUUUUAAAAAUAUUUAUACUGCACUCAUGCUAACAUGGAACAAUAUUGAAGUUUGCUUUUGCAAUUUUCAUUUUAGAAAUGGUUUUAGAAGGGAAGAAAAAAAUUAAAAUAGUAUAUAAAGAUUGAAAAUAACUUAAAUAUUCAAGUUCUGUACUCAUUCUGUAUUAGUGCAUCAAAUGAGCAUAUUUAUCUAUUUACUGAUUUUUUUUUUGAUGCAUCGACAUCUAAGGUCAUUGGCGGUGUAUAAAAUAAACAUUUCAAUAGGGUGGGGCUUGGGAGCAAAACUCCCAGGUAUUUUUUUUUUUUUUUUUUUUUUUUUUUUUUUGUUCAGUGAAGCAAUGUUUGUGAAUUUCCAUAAUGGUCAAAGGUCAAAACAAACAAAUGGACCAGACAUCAAAGGUUACACAGUAUUAUCAUAAAGUAUUGUGGCAAAAAGGGUAAAUGUGAGUUAACAAUUUGAAUAAGUGAAGAAGAGAAGGAAAAGGAAAGGGAGAGAGAAAAGACCUUGGAAAAUUAGUUGAGUUGAGGGCUGAGGUCCAGGGGUGAUCCUUCAUUAUGCCUCAGUCUCUGCCUCCUAAGCCCCCACCCCCCCAGCAACAACAAGCAAGGGAUUAAGGGGGGAUGGUGAGGAAAAGAGCAAUGUAAUGUUACAACUCAUAUCAUUUGACUGAAUUAUAAAGAUUAUUUCCUCUUUAGUCCCUUUUCCCUUCUCAUUCCUAUUUUAAAAUAUGAAGUACAUAAUUUUGUCUUAAUCCCUCACGUCUGGGUAGCAGAAAUCCCUGAGCAUGAUAAACACUUGGUGCAGGAGUCUGCUGUGGCACGUCACUACGCAUACAGGUAUACCCCGCAAACCAAGCAGUUUGUUAUGACACCGUUACACGUGACCCGUCUGAAACAGGUUGAACAGCUAUUCGGGUUUGAUUUUGAUUUUCUUCCUGUUUUCUAAAACUGUACACUGCUGUUUCCAAAAAAGUUUAGCAAUGUCUGAGUUGUAUUUUAUCAAAGCAUUUGAUAUACUUGUAUUUUUAUGGAAUAUGUUUUACCUGUGGCUGGUGUUCUGGGAAAUAAAUAUGAAACAGGAA